GAUUAAAUAAAAUUAGAUAUCAUUUCUUAAGAUGUGUAAAAGCAUAAGAUUAAAUAAAGUUUAAGAGAUGUUUAAUUAACCUAAAUCAUCGGAAGGAGUAAUCUCAGAUAACUUCGUUAAUAAACUAGUGUAGAAACUGCAACAAUGCCCAUGUGUGUAGAGCUGGCCAAUGCAACCUAAGGGUAAAAGUGUAUUUUCAAACAAAAUUUGAAGUGUCUCAUUGCCUAAACCCAAUUUCUUGCUGAGGCAGAGAGAGAGCAUCCAAACAAAUACCAAUUGGGUCAAAACACUUUCCCAUUAAGAACAUAAAUCACAGUUUCGUGUUUCCCCUUUUUUUCUUCUGGGUUAAAACUUCAUCUUCAACCUCUCCUUUGAUCAGGUAAGUUAUCGAUACUUCUGUUUUGCCGAAUUUUGAAAUUCGCCGAAGGUUCUCUCAUCAUUCAAUCCCAAUUUCCGAGAUUCUAUUUUUUGCUCAAGGUUUUUUGGUUAUUUGGUUAGGGCUUCGAUUUAUUUGUGUGGCUUUAUUCGCCUAUUUCCAGAAGAUUCGAUGCUGUAGAUUUUUAUUUGAGCUUAUAUAAACUCCAGAGCUAGGAAUUAAGAGUUCUUCUUAAUUUGGUUUUUUCACCGGUUCGCUUGCUUCUUUUUCCGGCGAAGUUAGUUUGGGUUAUUAAAUUUGGUGUUUAAAGAGUAGAAUGUUUGAUCCUCAGUGAAAAAAUUAUAAUUCUUUCAGUUGAUAUUUUUUUCUUUCUCGUGAUGAUACUUCUAAGAUUAGAUCUAUGAUAAUGAAAAGCAAAAGACAGAGACUGAGACAGAUCAUUUAGAGAGAUUUAAGUGUUCAUGGCAUACAUGAGUUUGCUUCAUAUCAGAAUCUUUUUGAAACAAUGAUUCUCUUCUUCGUUUGAAUGCAGGAUCUCUUGCUAAGCUUAAUUCAAUCUCUCGUGGAGGGUUCUGGAAUCUUCUUAAAAACCAAAGUUCAGAUUCUCAUGGGUGAUGGUACUCCUAGGAAACUGAAUAUAUUACCUGAUCACUUUAGUGUUCCUGCGCCCACCACAGAAGCUGAAGCUGCUCAAGACAAUUCUCUAUCAUCUUCGCAGCCAAAAGACGAUUCUUCCUCAUCAUCUUCGCAGUCAAAAAACGACAUUUCUUUGAGGUUUCAAAGCCAGUCCCGGACUCGAAGAAACCUGAAAAGAGCAGCUCUAAUGUUGAAUCUGUUCACUCUUCGCCGUCUUCCAUGGGUUUCAGAUGGUCAAGAGAAGGUAGAGCUAUCAGCAGCAGAGUUAGAAUCACUCAGAUCAGAACUUUCUGAUUUGGAAGAGAGAGAAGCUUACCUCAAAGCUCAGUUGGAACAUGUGGAUGAAGUCUUGCGCUCUGCUCGUUUAUCUGGCUAUUUGUUUAUCCGAAGUCGUUGGGCAGCUCUUCCCGGUGAACCACCUCCGUUAGACGAUGCGGAAGUAGAUGACUGGCUUCCUCGGUUUGUUGUUCUUCAAGGAGCUUGUCUCUUCUUCUAUUUAUUAUCAACAGACUUGAGCCCUCAAGAUUCGACGUUGCUAGCGGAUAUUGUCGAAGUUGGUUCGUUGCCAAGCUACACGAGAGAAUUCGAUGAAAUCCAUCAUUGCUUUUACAUCUUAACCCGUCAAGGUCUUAGGUUUGAGUGCUCAAGCACUUCUAAAACACAGGUGGAUUCUUGGUUGUCCGUACUGCGCCAUGAUUGCAAGUCGGAACCAGAAGAAAGAUUACCAAAUGGAUCAAGCGAAAGCGUCGCAAUAGAUUGAGAAGAUUGUUCACUGCUCUGUAUAGUUUUCAUUUCUAUGUAUAUAAAUUUGCUUCUUUUAAGAUGUAGUAGAAUUCACGUUGUUGAAAAGUUCUUUUACUGAACUGGUGAUGACAACAUUAAUAUUUUGCUUCGUUAUGACCUAUGAGUUAGUAGGUGAAAUAGAUUUUGG